AUGACAUCGACUCCUACUUCAUCGACGCCGACUCCCGUAACGAUGGCUGCUCAGACCACAGUACAAGCUGGAACACCCGUCCAGACAUAUCCUUCACCCGCUCAUGCACAGUGGGCAGCUGGACAACUUCAAGUCCAAAUGGAUACUGCCCAGCAACAGCAGCAGCAAGCGGCGGCGCAACAGUCGCAGACACCAACGGCGACCGCAGCCUCUGUGACGGCUCCAAAGCCACAACAUGCCACGCAAAGUUAUUAUCAGAGUUACACCCACUACCCGUAUUACCAGCAGUACAUCGCUCAAGCCGUCGCUGCUCAGCAAGCUCAGCAGCAAGCAGCUGCAGCGGCCUCGCAGCACCAAGCACAUACACCCACACCCGUUGCCACAGCUCAGAGGGCGUCAGUACCAGCGGCUACACCAGCAGCGACCGCUACAUCGACUCCUGUAGCGCCUGCGCAUACUCCCGCGGUUGCAACAGCGCAAACCACCACCGCACCCGUUACUGCCGCGAUGCCUGCGGCUCAAGCUGCUAAUGCGAACACCCUGGACACAAGCGAUAUCUCCACUUUGAACGAUGCUUUGGGAAGUGCUGGUGUUGAUCUUCGAGCAGAAGAAGAAUCCCUACAGCGACACGACGCCCAUGGGACAUCACAUCUCCAAUCCCACUCGCUCUACAUGCAAAACCGACCAUACGAAGACCGGAGUAGAAAGCAGCCUGUAAAACCAGCCUUUGACACCCGUGCAUUAGGAACGACGAUGCGUGCUAUUGGUUCACAACACAAGGUUACAAAGAUCCCUGACGAAUCAAUAAACUACCUCGCCCUCGCUCUACGCGCUCGAUUACAAGACCUCGUAACAGCCAUGAUCAGAGCGUCGAAGUAUCGGAAACAGGCGCAAUUCGAUAGACCGGCGAGUUUUUACGAGACGCUGAACAAUGUUAACAAUGCGAUGGAUGUGGAUGGUGUCAAGAUGGAGAGCCAGACCCCGAUGUGGAGUGUUGUCGUUAGGAGUGAUGUGGGGAAGCAGUUGGCUGCUUUAGAGAAGGCGGAGAGGGAGGAGGAGAUGAGGAUUCGGAGGGAGAGGAAGGAGAGGCAGGAGAUGGCGGCUGCGAAUCUCGCCUCGAUGUCUCAAGCAGGGACGCCAGGUGCAGACCCGUCGCUAGGCGCCAACGCUCUUUCAGCCUCGGGUGGAUCGGAAGAACCGGAUGGUCAGCCCAAGAAGAAAAAGAAGAAGGAUGGGCCGGGUGUCACGGCGCGUAAUAUGUCGGAGGAUGUUAGGAAGAAGAUGUCGAAUGCUGUGGCUACGCAAGCUGCUGGUUUGGGCAAGUAUGCUUGGAUGACGGCGGCUGCCAGCUCGCCCUCGCCUGCACCGAAGCCCAAAGCGAGUACGAGCACAACUGCUACUGGGAGUGGGACGACGCCAGCGAGUUCGUGGGCGAGGCCGUAUGUGCCCAAGAAGCCGCAGCAGCAAAUGACGACGACGACUACGCCGGAGCAGAAGACGGAAGUGGAGGAUCCGAACAAGGUGGUGGUGACGAUGAGAGAUGCGAUGUUCGUGGUGGAGAAGGAGAGGGGCCAUGGAGGAGGGCGAGGUGCCGCUCGAGGCUGGACAUAG